AUGCCACAUUAUUGUGAUGCUUAUAGUUUUAUAAAUCACUUUGAACUAAUUCUGAUCUAUCUAUCUAUCUAUCUAUCUAUCUAUCUAUCUAUCUAUCUAUCUAUCUAUCUAUCUAUCUAUUUAUCUAUCUAUCUAUCUAUCUCAAUCCGUUUCUAUCUAUCUAUCUAUCUAUCUAUCUAUCUAUCUAUCUCAAUCCGUUUCUAUCUAUCUAUCUAUCUAUCUAUCUAUCUAUCUAUCAUUAUCUAUCUAUCUAUUUCAAUCCGUUUCUAUCUAUCUAUCUAUCUAUCUAUCUAUAUAUAUAUAUAUAUAUAUAUAUAUAUAUGUGAAUUCGUUUCUAUCUAUCUAUCUAUCUAUCUAUCUAUUUCAAUCCGUUUCUAUCUAUCUAUCUAUGUGAAUUCGUUUCUAUCUAUCUAUCUAUCUAUCUAUCUAUCUAUCUAUUUAAUCCAAUUCAUCCGUAUAAUUUAUGAUUAUUACCCUUCCUUCAUUUGUAUAAGCUUUCUCUUUCAUUCUGUCCCUCUCUCUCUUGUUGACCGAUAUUUCAAAACUUUAAUUCUUUGCAUUUUCUAUCUAUCUAUCUAUCUAUCUAUCUAUCUAUCUAUCUAUCUAUCUAUCUAUCUAUCUAUCUAUGUCUUUUCUUUAUCUCUAUCUAUCUAUCUAUAG